AUGUCGGGUAUACCCUUCAUCACACGCCUUUACACCUCGAAUACCGGGGGAACAGAGCUGUAUCCGUUGUCAUCGACGUCAACCACGUCCAGCGGCGCCGCAGCAGCUGACCACAGUGACCAGCCUACCUUCUGGGACCACCUCCCGGCUUCCUUUCGCACUGGACCACCGGGAAACGAAAUCAAGGCAGUGAACCAUGCUACUCUGGCGGAGUUUCUGAAGUUAGAGUUCUCGCUGGACCGUCUUGACGCUAUAUAUGGAAAACUCUGGCGUGUCGGGGCUAUCCGACCAGCCAGAUCACUGAACGCCCAACUUGUGCUGGGUCGCACGAUCGUGCUCAACAAUUCCCUUGAUAUGCAUCUUGUUUGGGGAGACAUGAAGAUAUUCCUCAAACCGUUGCCCCGCUAUCUUCUCGAGCCCGCGUUCUGGGCGCGGCACCUACCUAGUCUUCAACAUCAUUCACCAGCUUCGCCUCGGUCUGGAGUACGAGAGUGUGCUCUGGGGCUUCUAUAUACCUACGCAUGCCUCGUAAAUAGCCCGCUUGAUUUCGAACUGGCGGUUAGAGAAGGCCUUAUACCAAGAGAUGGGGACCAGCCAUCAUGGACCACAUGGCGAAAGUUAGCCACGGAGCUGUUGGAACCCGAGGUUUCCAACCACAUACACCGUCGAUUUCGGCAUGGCGAAUUGAGGCUGAACAGGCUGAAUUGGAUAAACAUCUUCAGCGGCCUUUCUAGUUGCCAGAUGUAUCACAACCCAUGGCAUACCUAUACCGAAUUCGCUAUCGACAACAUGGCCUGGAUCACAACUGCUACUGUCUACCUAGUUGUUGUCCUCACUGCCAUGCAAGUUGGGCUAUCUACAGACGCACUUAAGGAUAACGACACGUUUCAGCGUGCCUCAUAUGGGUUCACGGUAUUUUCGAUAUUGGGCCCUCUCGUUGUUGUCAUCAUGUUCAUGUUGGUACUUCUAGUGGUAGUUGUUCAAAAUUGGCUUCGUGCCCGAAGAACGCCCCACGGGACCGAACUUCCUGUGGAAGUUCCAUCGACUGGGUUUCAGAGGAGGAUUGCGAGAGAAGGAGACGGGAAAUAA